AUGGAGGCUUACACUAAGGUUUUUUGCCUUCUUGGUCUUCUAGUCUUUGUAAGCAUUUCAGAGAUUCAUAGAGUGGAGGGUGCAGGGGAAUGUGGGAAGUCUACUACUCCAGACAAUGAAGCACUCAAGCUUGCUCCUUGUGUCCCUGCAGCAAAAAACGAAAAUGCUGACGUUUCUCGGAGUUGCUGUGAUCAGGUCCAGAAACUUGGGAAGAACCCUAGUUGUCUGUGUGCUGUCAUGCUCUCCAACACGGCCAAGUUGUCUGGAGCUGACCCUAAGGUUGCCAUAACCAUCCCCAAACGUUGCAACAUUGCUAAUCGCCCUGUUGGGUACGAGUGUGGACGUAAGUAUAUAUAA